CAACUACAAAAUUUGCACCUGUGUAUCUAACAGAUCUGGUGUUCCGCUCUUUUGACAUAUUUAUAGUGGAACUCAAUGAUUCAAACUCGCAGGCCUUCAAGUCAAGAGCUGAGCUAGUCAGAUCUCAGCUUAGACCAGUCUACAGAGCAAAAUAUCCUUCCUUUAUCGAAGUGAUUGUCUUGCGUUUCAGACCAGGGUCGAUCAUCACCGAAACACAACUAAUUUUCAACUCCACACAAUCUAUUCCAACCAUUCAAGAGAUUUCAGACACCCUCUUUACAGCAGUGAUAACAGGAGAUGUCAACCCCCUGAAUAUAACUCCUUAUUCAAUUUCAGUCAAUGGUUCAGUUAUAAACAUGACUACUUCAACUACAGCAUCAACAACAACAACAGCGAGGACAGUGAUGACAACAACAACAACAACGACAACAACAACACUGAUGACAAAAACAAGACCCUUGACAUCUACAACUAAAGUGCCUACAACUACAACUACAAAAUUUAUACCCGUCUAUCUAACAUCUCUGGUGUUUCGCUCUUUUGACAUAUUUAUAGUUGAACUCAGUGAUGUAAACUCUCAGGCCUUCAAGUCAAGAGCUGAUCUUGUCAGAUCUCAGCUUGAACCAAUCUUCAGAGCAAAAUAUCCUUCCUUCAUCAGAGUAAUUGUCUUAAGUUUCAGUCCUGGGUCAAUCAUCACGUAUACAGAACUAGUUUUUAACUCCACACAAGCUCUUCCUACGGUUCAAGAGAUUGCAGACACUCUCUUGACAGCAGUGGAAACCGGAUCUGUCGAUCCACUGAAAAUAAUCCCUAUAACAGUUUCAGUCAAUGGUUCAGUUAUAGCUACGACUGUAGCUGCAACUACAACUACAAUUGCAGCUGCAACUACAGCUUCAAGUGGACUGAAGAUUGAAUCCAGCCUUCUCCAAGCAACAUGGCUCAUUGUUAUGGCGAAAAUAUUACAACUUUUCCUAUAGAUCCCUUAACAAUGAUUGCAAGUUGCGAGAAAUACAAGGCAUGUGCAAGGCACGAAUUAUACUUGUAAAUUAUAAUAUUUUUGUAUUAGUAUGUGUAUUAGUUAUUAUUAGUG